ACGUUCAACGGUCUUAAUAUUAGGAUUGAAGACUGCUCGAAUUCGUUCACCACUGGACAUGAAGACCGUGGUACUUGCUGUGCUUGCAUUCACCGGUCUGGUUGACUGUGAUGUUUCACAUCUCGUUGCCGGCCAUGCUGAAGCAAGGAUGCCAGCCCCAGGCAGGUUUAGUGGAACUGAUCCGAAGAAUGUAGUUUCCGAACCGCCAAGCCAAGCACAGCUUGGAGCUGAGGGAGCAUAUUCAGAAUCCAGCCAAGCUCACUAUGUUGACAAAGUAUCGCAGAAUGUUGAAUCUGCGCAAACUACUUUCAUAGACAAGCAAAUCCUGCUUGAACAUAUAAGGGAACAAAUCGCAGAGGCCCAACUUCUCCUAAGAAAUGAGAUCAACCAACUGCAGAUUGCCCAAGUGGUAGCAAGUGAAGCAGCAAAUUCUGCUGGAAAAACAUCUACACAUUUGUCUAUUUUAUCAAAUGCACUUUCAAGUGCACAAGAAGCAUCCUUUCACGCCCAGGAAGCAGCCAGAGACUCUGCUGACGAGGUGUCAUCCCAAUCAGAUAUGGUAAUCAGAGCAAAGUAUCGUUUGCGGGAACUAGAAGAACGGUUGAACCUUUUAAGUUUGGAGUUAUCAGCUUCUAAGACCGCUACUGCAAGGGCCUCCGGAUCUGAUCAUCAUGGCCAGAAAAGUGCCGAUUCCAUUGGGUAUGCGUCACAUAAAUCACAAGAAUCAAUUGCAGCACGAGGUAGUACCCAAAUACCCUCAACUAAAUCAAGUUCAGUUCAUUGACUACUAAUUUUUCCUUCAAGCAAGAGUUCACUAGGUUUAAGCUUUAAAGGAAUAUUAGAUACUCUAAAUGUAGAUUAUUCCAAAAAUCCCUUAAAUAAAAUGAAACUCUA